AUGAUCCAUUCAGGUACAUCCGGAUCAGGAAAAUCAACAAUUAUUCAACUAUUGGAACGAUUCUAUGAUGUUACAAGUGGUCAAUUACUUAUUGAUGGUACAGAUAUUCGACAACUAAAUCUUCAUUGGCUUCGUUCUCAAUUCGGUCUUGUCAGUCAAGAACCAAUUUUAUUCGAUUUAACAAUUGCUGAAAAUAUUGCAUAUGGCUUGGAAAAUGUCCCAAUGGAAGACAUUAUCAAUGCAGCAAGAAAAGCUAAUAUUCAUCAAUUUAUUGAACAAUUGCCUCAGGUUAAAAAAUAUAAAAUUAUAUCAUGGACCUAUUACUAUGAAGAAAACUAUGGUCAAGACAAUUGUGAACUAAGUAAUGUCGAACAAGCGUCCACGACCGAAACUCAUGAUCAAGAUCCCCGAGGGUCAUCACUUCAACAACAAGUACUGAUGGAACAAGCAAACGAAAAUGAACAGACCAACUGUGGUUUUACCAUUAAUCAAGUUUCAUUAGGAUCGACCGAGAUCGAAGAAAAUCCCAUCGAUGGGAAGAAAUUUAUCGGAAUAGUCAAGUCGUCGGAUGUCCUAUCGACACACGCUUUUCUCGAAAGUAGUUACUCAGUUUCAAUUCCCAAACCGGACUCAAUCGAAAUAUCAGUUCCUCCAUGUCCAUAUCAACGUGCUAGAUAUGAAGACGAAUGCUUGGAAGCUAAUCGAUACAUUUUUGUACCUUGGAAUAAAAGUUUGACAAUCAGUAUUCCUGAUCUCCAUCUUCAUUUACCAGCACGCGUCACUGUUUACUUGCGCAUUACUCGCAUUACUCUAAAGCAUGGUACAAGUGAUCUCUUUCUUCUUCAUCCAUAUCCAAUAUGGAUUCGUCAUAAUCAUGCCAAAGUUCAUGGUGGUUCAUUAUUGAUUCCAGUCAUUGAACAAGAUUUUGAAAAUGGUUACAUCACGAUUGAAAAUCUUGUCAUGAUUCGCCUCACACAACCUGAUCUAGCAAAAAUGAAAACGUUUGCCAUUUAUUCACCAACACAACUGACAUUAACUGGUGGGAAAAAAAUUGUGCACUGCACUGAUCGUAUUGAAUCGUUCAAUCGAUUUUAG